CAAAAAUCGGAGAUAUUAAUAAACCAAAACCCUACAAUGGUUGCAAAGCUUAUAGUUCUAUGCUGCUUACUAACGUGCACCUUUGUCAUGGCGGCAGCAUCAUCGGAAGCUGAGCCUCCGGCAUCAAGGAAAUUCGGCAGGCACAACUGGCCAGGAGCGGAGGUAGAAGCACCGGAGGUUUCACAUUUGGAAGAGACUGUACGGCGGGGACACCACCAUUCCACCGUGGACAGAUCGGUCGCCGGCGGUGGAGUCAUUCUCGGAGGCUUAGCGACUACGUUUCUUGUGGCGGUCUUUUGUUAUAUAAGGGCUACGAGGAAACACAAACCUGAUUAUGAUGAGAAGGAGACUGAGACCCCUAAGGUUUUAGUUUAGUUUUUUUUCAUUUUAG